AUGUCUCGUACAAUUAAAUUCAUCGUUGUAAUAAUUCUUACUUUAAUUUCUCUCUACACUAUUGGAAGUUGGAGUGAACAAACAGUGAUCAAUUACUUCGUAUCCAUUAUUUCCAAAUCAAUAAACCCAACAAAUUCAACAAUUUUAAUUGCUGACAUAUCAAAUAAAUCAUCUCAAAAGUUACCUGAAAAUUUUAAAAUUGGAAUAUCAACAUCGGCUUAUCAAAUUGAAGGUGCUUGGGAUGCGGAUGGGAAAACACCAAGCACGUGGGAUACUUUAAUUCAUAGCCAUCCAGAAUUGAUUUCUGAUGGAUCAAAUGCUGAUGUCGCAUCUGACUCUUAUCAUCUCUUUAAAGAUGAUAUUUCCGCAGUGAACUCUAUCGGGCUUCAAUUUUAUCGUUUCUCAAUAUCAUGGACGAGAAUACUUCCAAAUGGAUCAGCAAUCAAUCAAAAUGGAAUCGAUUACUAUAACAAAGUCAUUGAUGAAUGUUUAGCGAAUGGAAUUGAACCUGUUGUCACAAUGUUUCAUUGGGAUUUACCUCAAUGGUUGCAAGAUCUUGGUGGAUUACCAAAUGAGAUUUUUAUCGAUUAUUUUGUUGCUUAUGCUGAUGUUCUUUUUAAAAAUUUUGGUCACAAGGUCAAGAGAUGGAUAACAGUGAAUGAACCAUACAAUUAUUGCAUCAUUUCCUAUGGCUUUGGUAUUUGGGCGCCAGCAAUUAAAUCACCAGGUGUUGGUGACUAUCUUUGCGGUCAUCAUCUCUUAAUUGCACAUGCAAAAGCUUAUCGUCUUUAUAGAGAGAAAUAUUUCAAAAUGUUUGGCGGUGAAGUUGGAAUAACACUUGAAAGUCCUUACUACAUCCCGAAAGAUUCUUCAGUGAGUGAUAAAGACCAUCAAAGAGCUUUACAAUAUCGGUUGGGAUGGUUUGCAAAUCCUUUGUUUGGAACUGGUGGUUAUCCCCAUGUAAUGAUUGAUGAGAUUAACGAAAGAAGUAAAGUUGAAGGUCGUCCAUUCUCACGUCUUCCACAAAUGAGUGAAGAAGUGAAAAAAUUAAUUCUCGGUUCAGCAGAUUUUUUAGGGAUGAAUUAUUAUACAAGUUCACUCAUUUUGAUCAACAAAGCUGAAAGAGAUCCACGUGAAGAACCUUCAUGGUUUAGUGAUUCUGGCGUGAAAGAGUCUGCUGAUCCCACUUGGAAACAAGCGAAAACUUUUUGGCUGUACAGCGUUCCCGACGGUUUGAAAAGUCUUCUUAAUUGGAUAAAAAAUGAAUACAACAAUCCACCGGUGUUCAUAACUGAAAAUGGGUGGAGUGACGAAGGUCAAAUGAUUGAUGAUGAUCGCAUUGACUACGUCAACUCGCAUUUACUUGCUGUGGCAGAAGCAGUAAAUGAAGAUCAAUGUAAUGUUAUUGCUUACACUUUAUGGUCACUUUUCGAUUCGUUUGAAUGGAACAGCGGAUAUACACUCAAAUAUGGCUUCUUUCAUGUUAACUACUCUAGUCCGACAAAAGAAAAAACUCCUAAAAAGUCAGUUGAAUAAGAAAUUAAAUUAGCAUAUAGAAAGUUGGCAUUGCGAUUACAUCCAGAACGAACACAGUAUCCUCAACAUCCAAAUCCAAGACCGAAAGGAACAUUUAAUUUGUCUUUACCAUCAUUACCGGAAACAACAUAUUGGGAGGUUGUGAAUGAAGCUUACGAUGUGUUCUCUAAUCCCUUGCUUCGUGAAGCUUAUGAUUUAUACGGCGAGGAAGGCUUAAAAAGUGGAAUUAGCGCACCAAAUGGAUACAUUCAGCCAUACAAAUAUCAUGGUGAACCGAUGAAAACUUAUUUCGAAUUCUUUGGAAGUGUUUCACCGUAUGCGGAUCUUUGCGAUGCUAUCACAGAACCACCAAAACUUUAUUCAGUCAAUGAAGGAGUUGGAGUUAAAAACAAAAAUCCAUCAGUUGAGAAAAUAAUUUAUUUAGAAUUAGAAGAAAUCUUUCAUGGUGCGAUUAAAUUGAUUGAAUUCUCUCGUUAUGAUUUUAUUGAUGAAUCGAAAACAGAAACUGAAUUGAAAGUUGUCACAAUUUCUGUUAAGAUUCCACCAGGAAUUUCUGAAGAUUCUAAGAUUGUUUAUCCUGAAGCUGGUGAUCGAAGUGCGACAAGUAUUCCCGGUGACAUCAUCUUCAUAUUUCGUAGUCAUCCACAUAAAAUUUUUCAACGUGAUUCAAGCAAUUUAACAAUGAAUUAUUCGAUAAGUUUGAAAGAAGCUUUAACUGGAUUCAAAAUGACAAUUAAAACGAUCGAUAAUCGGCGAUUGAAUUUUCUAAUCACUGAUGUCGUCAAUUUUGAUUACACGAAAUGCAUUCCAUUUGAAGGUUUACCAAAUCCAGGCAAUGUCGAUUUGAAAGGAAAUUUAUUAGUGAAAUUUAAUGUCAAAUAUCCAGAUUACAUUCCGAAAUAUCUUCGCUUGAAGCUUUCUGAUGUUUUAGAUGAAAUUGAUGACACUUUGAAGAAGAAUGAAAUCUUUUGUGUUAAUGAGAAUUUGAAUAAAAUUUAAUUUAUUUCCACAAUAAAAAUUUUAAUGCUUUUGUGCUGUUAUAUGACUUUGA